AUGCUGGAGAAGGACGCCCCGACGCCGCCCGGCUCGGCGCCGUCGUCCCCCACGCACAGCGAGGCGUCGUUCCAGCAGGAGCGCAAGAAGGCGGCGGAGCAGGUGCGCGCCAACAUCGAGAAGUUCGUGGACGGGCUCAUGAGCGAGAAGUACACGCUGGCGCAGCUGCUGAACGAGAGCUUCUCGCUCGAGAUGCUGGAGCUGCUCUUCAAGCGCAUGACCAGCCGCCUGCGCGGCAUCCUCUUCGCGCGCGACAAGACGCUCGAGUUCAUCCGCCUGGCGCUGGACGCGUCCUACCCGCGCCACACGCGCGCCAUGGCGGCGCAGUUCAUCGUCGUGGGCGGCGCCGUCAACGCCAUCGCGGCCUGCGAGCCGGGGAAGCCGCACCAGUGCUCGGAGUUCUGGGACUCCAUCUUCGACACGCUGCAGCGCGAGGCUGACGGCGUCUCGCUCAAGUGUGACACGCCGCUGCGCCGCAAGGAGCGCCAAGCCUCCGUCGCCGAGCUGGAGGAGCUCAUUCAAGUGGCCGUGCAGGUCUUCGAGAAGGACGGCGCCCAGACGCUGCAGCAGAGCUUCGCCGAGCACGAGGAGGAGAACGGGGGUCUGACGCAGGAGGAACAGGAGCUGGCUAGAAGGCGCAAGUCUUCGGCAAGGUCGUCACUGGGUGCGGACGCUGAUGCAGCUGCUAUUGGAUCUAUCGUCGCUGAAAAUUCCGGCGUGACGGAGCGUGAAGAGGACUCGGACUCGGAUGAGCCCGAUGAUACGGGGAUCCCGGCGCCGCUGACCACUGAGGUAAACGAGACGGCCAUGUACGGCAUCUUCAGCCACGAUUCAGCCAACUUUGCAUCGCAGAUCCUGCGAUAUUUCGCUAUCCGAGGACAGAAGGGGGCGUGUAUUUUGCACUUUUUGGCGGAGCACCCGGCUACGGUGGACAUGCUGCUGGCCAACAUUGGCCAUGAUGACAUCCGGACGCUGCUGCUGCACCUCAUCUACGCGGAGCACUCGGAGGCGGCCAUCACGUCGCUGUUCGAGACGCACAUGAUGCAGAAGUUGAUUCAGAAACAGGUGACCUUUUCUCCUCCACGCAACGCCUUCGAGCGUGACUGCAUUGAAAACACCUUCCUGUUGCUGCGUGAGAUCGUUCAUGCUCCGUAUUUGACAGGACGCGGAGUGGCCAUCUCCGCCAGAACCAUCCCGCUGGACAAGGUGACAGGCCAGGACGAGUACGUGUCUAUCUGCGGCGCCUCGCGCGAGACAGCCAACUCUGCGUUGCGCAAGUACACAUCGCGCAAGGUUCGACGUCUCAUCCACUUGUUCAUGCAGGAGCACCAGGCAGCUCUGGAACACCUCUUCGUGCAGAUGAUCAAGGAGCUGACGUUCUGGAGUACGCCAUUGACACGUGAGCGGCGAGGCAACGUGGCUUCACUCGAGUCGCUGAUGUUGCUGUCCCAGGGACACCCGCGUCCUACGUGUAUUACGAUGCUGAUGCAUCUUUUUGAGCUAACCGAGACGGUGGAGUUUACUGACACUCGGAACACUGGCGGAAAUUCGGCAGCGACUGUGGGGAUUGACUGUCUCAACUUCUUGUGCUCUACGCAUCUAAUGCGUAAGGGGAAUCUCCUGGUGAAGAAGAAGCUGAAGAACGAGGUGCAGCUAUGCCAGGCGAGUCUGAACUGCAUGAUGGGGCUCCGAAUGACUGCAGUUCGUGAGGAUGAACCAAAAUCAGCCAACCUGGACAAAGGAUUUACGCCGAAUCUUGGAAAUCAAAGUGUCAUUACGCUGGAUGAGAUGGAGGACGUCCAGAGCUCGGAUUGGCACGAAUUUGGCUUCAGCGUGACUGUGAAGAAGAAACUUCCCGAUGCAAACAACAGCACUGCUUCGCACCAUAGUGUGGUAGCUCCCGCGAACGCCAUGAUCCACCACCAGCGCCGAAAUGGAAGGGAUGAGCAUGAUUCCCACGCUGCGGAAGUGAAAUCUGUCGAGUACUUUGCGGCAUCCUCUGAAGAGGAAAAGCAGGCGUGGAUUACGUUGCUGCAGGCUGUGAUUGACGGUGAUCUGAAUGAAUUGGAGAUUUUCUGCAGUGAUGACUGGCGUAGCAACGUGCGUGAGUACCGCCGUCUUCGUGAAUGCCUGAUCACGUGCAUGGAGCGGAAGGGUCACGAGCUCAUGGUCUUCCUAAAACAAGUGAUUACUUUCAAUACGCGCAGGGCGUCUGGAUACCACCUUUGGUCCGUUGUCAAGUGUCUCAACUCCGUUCUGUCAAACGAGUCGAAGCGUUUGGACCGAAUGUUCGUUGGGGCUCACGUUAUUACCACCCUUAUCACGUGCUACGAAAAAUACCCGAUGUGGAAUCUGCUCCUGGGCGAAAUUACGAAGAUGCUGGUGUUUUGCAUUGGUGAUUUCAAGAGCAAACGCUCUCGCAAGUGUCCCAUCAUUGGACGUAUCCUGCAGACGGAGGGCCCAGACGCAAAGCUGGCGCCUCUGCUCUGCAAGGUGUACCUCAAUCGCGAUACCAUUGACAGCAAUGGUGAACAGGAAUACGACAGCAUGGCAGGAACUGAUGCUCUAUCCAACUUGAAGCUCAUCAUGGAAGCCCUCAAGAUGUGCUACAAGGACCCGAAAACGAGAAGCCAGGAGCGUAUUCAGUGCGAUAUGAAAUCCAAUCCAGUGUGGCGGAAGCUCGUGCAGGCGUCUGAAGAAAUGACCAAGAGGGACCCACUCAGUUGCAUCUUGACGGUUGGUACGCCACCUGCGUUAUCUCCGGCAGACGUCUCAAAGUCAACGACACCGCCAUUUGGGACAACGGCGCCAACUCCACCCACGUUCCAGGAAGAUAUCAUCAACCAAAUCAGUCGGCCAAGCUACUCAACGGCGCACGGCUUCGGAUCGUCGUUCCUGGAGGGUGAAGGCUGUGCGUUCGGAUACCUGUUCAAGGAGCGAUAUGGUGUUCGGGAAUGGAAAAAGGCACUUGUUGUGUACGAGUAUGACUCGCACAAAUUGUGGUACUUUUACCCGAGUGAAGUUGAUGAGACGCACGCCAUUAAGUGGAAGUGGAUUGUUCCUCUGGCUGUCCGCAGCCGUUAUACUCACGGCCAGGACGAAACCCACACGUCAGUGGGCCACCAUGGUUUGUACAUUACAGCAUACGACCACCAGCAGUGUGACGAAGACAACAACUUAUCGGCCAAGGAAAUGCAUUUCAGCGUGACGAAGCUCGAAGAUCGGGAUUUGUGGAAGGACUUGUUGUCCAAUGCGGCCGAUAAGAUCCAGGAGAUGUGUCGCGAAUACUCGGUACUCUCGCAGAAACUCAAGAAGCCCGACAAGAAGACCGUGACUCACUGUCAGGACCCGACGUGCAACACACCGUUCAAGCUAUUCCGCCGUCCGCACUCAUGUAAGCGAUGUGGCAAGUGGAUGUGCGCUAAGUGUACCUCGCAGCGCAUGUCGAUCCCGGAAGUAGGCCUGCUGCAUCCUGUUCGUCACUGCCGCUCGUGUUUCGAAGCUCAUGGUGGGGCGCAUGCGGAGGUGGAGCCUUUCAACCUCUUCCACCUCACUUCAAGGAGAAGCAAUGCCCCCAACGAUGUUGGUGCAAAUAUCGCGGCGGCGGCCGCAGCUCAGAAUGGCACGCUGAGCAACGCGGAGCUGUACGAACUUGCGCACGGCAUGGUUUCACCCCGAACUCUCAUGCAGAUGAACCGUCGCUUGACACGACUGAGCUCGAUCGAGUCGCCUACGGCGGUGGAGAAUGGUGGCGGAUUCCACGUGGACGAGAUCAACGCUCCAGGCAAUCUUGGUGCCGAGAAUCUCGCCACGUUCGGGGACGACGACGAUGACUUGUCGCCGUUCUCUCCUUCUAUGUCGCGCCGCAGUCUGCUGAACCCGCGUGAAGACAUCCGUGGGUAAGUAAGUUUUGUGCUUUUGUGGGCAGUGGGCUCGUGUGUGAAGCAGAGCAAGUUCGCAGCCGCCUGCGUUAGAUGCUGCUAGCGCCGCGGUAGUAGGUAGGCAAGGUAGGUGAUAAAAUUCUCGCCCUCGCCGAUGAAGACGACCAAGCAGGUGGUAAGCGUUGAAGAAAAUAGGCCUCGGGGGCUUGCAGCGUGGGCAAUGCUUGCAGGAAGGGAAGGCGAGCGUAAGAAGACAAUUCUGAACAAUACAUGCUUUUUCGUGGC